AUGUCUUUAUCUUCUAAGUUAAGUGUCAAAGAUUUACAAUUACAAGACAAGGGUGUCUUUAUCAGAGUUGAUUUCAACGUUCCAUUGGAUGGUAAGACCGUCACUUCCAACCAAAGAAUCGUUGCUGCUUUACCAACCAUCAACUACGUCUUAGACCACAAGCCAAAAUACGUCGUCUUAGCUUCUCAUUUAGGUAGACCAAAUGGUGAAAGAAACGACAAAUACUCUUUAGCUCCAGUCGCUAAGGAAUUAGAAGCCUUAUUAGGUAAGCCAGUCACUUUCUUAAACGAUUGUGUCGGUCAAGAAGUUGAAGCUGCUGUCAAGGCUGCUGCUCCAGGUUCUGUUAUCUUAUUAGAAAACUUAAGAUACCACAUUGAAGAAGAAGGUUCCAGAAAGGUUGAUGGCCAAAAGGUCAAGGCUUCAAAGGAAGAUGUCGCCAAAUUUAGACAUCAAUUGUCCUCUUUAGCCGAUGUCUACAUUAAUGACGCUUUCGGUACUGCUCACAGAGCUCACUCUUCUAUGGUCGGUUUCGAUUUACCACAAAGAGCUGCCGGUUUCUUAAUGCAAAAGGAAUUAGAAUACUUCGGUAAGGCUUUAGAAAACCCAACCAGACCAUUCUUAGCCAUCUUAGGUGGUGCUAAGGUUGCUGACAAGAUUCAAUUGAUUGACAACUUAUUAGACAAGGUCAAUGCUAUCAUCAUUGGUGGUGGUAUGGCUUUCACUUUCAAGAAGGUCUUAGAAAACACUGAAAUCGGUGACUCUAUCUUCGACAAGGCUGGUGCCGAAAUUGUUCCAAAAUUAGUCGAAAAGGCUAAGAAGAACAACGUCGAAAUUGUCUUACCGGUCGAUUUUGUAAUUGCUGACGCUUUCUCUGCUGAUGCUAACACCAAGUUUGUUACCGACAAAGAAGGUAUCCCAGCUGGCUGGCAAGGUUUAGAUUGUGGUCCAGAAUCUAGAAAGUUAUUCGCUGCCACAAUCGCCAAGGCUAAGACUAUUGUCUGGAACGGUCCACCAGGUGUUUUCGAAUUCGAAAAGUUCGCUGAAGGUACCAAGACUAUGUUAGAUGACGUUGUCAAGGCUUCCACCGCCGGUGCCACUACUAUCAUUGGUGGUGGUGACACUGCUACUGUCGCUAAGAAGUACGGUGUUGUCGAAAAGAUUUCCCAUGUCUCUACUGGUGGUGGUGCUUCCUUAGAAUUAUUAGAAGGUAAGGAAUUACCGGGUGUUGCUUUCUUAUCCCAGAAGCAAUAA